GCAGUGCUGCAGACUCUAGACAUCACCUCUUUCCUCUCUACUAAUGAGAUCUACAUGCUGAGUGCCGUCACAGCCCUGCAACACGUUACUGAGACCCUGCCUCACUUCAUCACCCGGGACAAUAGGACACCGCUACAGCGUAAUGUGACUUGACUGAGGCGGCUGGCAGAGAAGGCCGCCACCACCACCCCACAUCUGGCCGUGUGACUGGCCUCCCUCAGGACCACCGUGGCCACCAAGGUUCCCUCCCAGGAUCCUGCUGUCACCCCUCGAAAAAGUACUAGAAUAAGAUGGACUCCAAACAGGUAUGUGGUGCCUAACCUGCAGUAGCCUGUGUGAUAUGUAUAAGGAUGGAGUAAAUACAAAAUGGAUAACAUGUUCACACUGUGUGGUCAUGUACGGUAUUGAUUUGGUACAAUUAUGAGUGUUUCAUUUUCACACAGCCAGCUUGAUCCCCUGAUGGGCAUCUUGAAAGAGCGCAUUGGUCACAUGGAGAAGGAUCAGCUGACCUCCCACCAAUCAGAGCUCACGUACUUCUUGAUUUCUUUGGACUUCCGGGCCCAACACUGCCAGGUCUGGUUCUGUCCCAUGAAUUGAUGACCGUUGGUACGAAAGACAUCGCUUUGUUUUGACUGCUGUUUGUUUUGCAGGGUGAUCUGGAGAAGACUGAGGAGAUGGAGCGCGAUCUGAUUUACUGUCUCCUGGCCUUUGUCAUAAAGCUGUCUGAAGUCUCCUUCAGGCCACUGUUCUUCAAAGUCUUUGAUUGGGUCAUGACUGAGAGCGCAGCCAAGGACCACCUGCUGACCCUCUACCGCCUGUCGGACAGCAUCGCAGACUGGCUGUAGUCCCUAGGGGCUCUCCAUCCUGUUCGCUGGUCACCUGGUCAAGCCCUUCUCUGACUUGCUCCGCCAGACCAACAUCACUAAGACAGACGAAUGCGAGAAGGUGGAGCAUCAAAGUCCAGAAGAUCAUCCACGAGAUGGAGAACAUUCUGGGAGAGCCUCUUCUGAGUUAUUUAUAAUCUGCGUCCCACUCCCCACCUCUUGACCACCAAACAAGGGCCCAGAUUGGCCCCUAGCCCACUAUGUAGUCCCCCUCCAUCAGAAGCCUGAGCCUCAGCCCCUGUCCCCAGUUUAGCCAUUAUCUGUUUCCCAGAACCAUGUGUCAACCCUGCCUCAAUCAUUCAUAUCGAUAUCUGGUACAUGUAGGAUGGAACUCAAGCAAUAGGAUAAUAAACGGUUAGCCAAAGAUGUAUCAUGUGGGAAUGAGAAUAGGAAUAUAUUGAUAUUUUUUGUUAUUUCUGUUUUCCCAUAAUGAAAAGCUUUUUAUGGCAACUAUUUAACUCAUGCCAUUUUCAUACAAUCUAACAAAACCAAAUGUGUAGGGUUGGAGGAGCGCGUUGUGGUUGGAGAACACUUACAUUUUGUCAAGGCGAAGAUGGGUGGCCGAGGCCGAGGCGACUGGACUUUUCAGGUUUGGAUGGAGUCCCGGGAAAAUAGUGUGGUACGCCAUACGGUUAAAACAUGUGCCUAUGACAUUUAAUACAACAUGCCAAAAAAACUAAGCUAUUACAGCAUUUCAGCCGCAUUUACAUUUUGUGAAUUGACUGGAUGCUGGGUGGUAAUAACGCUCAAAAUUGCGUUGUGGUUGGAGGAGAACGCUUACAUUUUGUCAAGGCGAAGAUGGGUGACAAAGUCCACCGAGGCGAGUGGACUUUUCGGGUUUGGAUGCUGAAAUCAUUUUGUGAGUGGACAUUUGUUAAUAAUUUUGUGAGUGGACGAACGUACGCGGGUAACCUACAGGAGCGCAUUUGUUAAUAAGCGAUUGUUUGACAAUCUGAUGAAAACAUUGACUGAUUGGGUUUAUGCCACAUUAAAAAGCAUAGGCGGCGUGUCCAUAAGGCUAAGAUUUCCCUGAAGUAAAUUGAAUUGCCAAAGUUAUAUAGCCUAAUUAGCUUUCUCCUGUCUAUACAGAAAUAAACAAAUUCGUUCUAACUUGGGACACUAAACCAGAAAGCAUAAUUUGGCCACAGAGGCUAAUUAGCCUCUUUAAAUAUAUAGCUUUCUUAUGCAUUAUUUGUCACAUGCGCGGAAUUCAACUGGUGUGGAUUGUUUUAGUCGGAAGGUCCGCAAUUGGGGCAGCGGGCGCUGCAAAUCCCAAAAUAGGUGAUUGUUGAGUUGCGACUGUAGGUGAAAAGCAGAGAUCCAGCCAGGCAUAUCGCAAUAUUUAAAAAUACAAUCACUGAAAAACUGUUUGGAAAGCAAAUGGUUAUUGCUGUAAAUGUAUUACUUUUAGUUAUCAAAACUCUUAGGCUACUGUUCGCUCAAUUCGGUUAUCUUAUUGACACCAGCAGAGAAGAUCGGCCAUAUCCCGAACGCUAAAUACAAGGCGGAAGAUUAGGUUAUGCAAUGUUUAAUUCUGAGUGGAACAAAGCCGCUAACCCUUGAUGAUACUGGGGCGGUGCCGAAACUUUUACCUCUAGACGUGGCCCGUUACAGCGGACAUAGGCUCCCAGUUGGGUUUAGGCUACUGUAUCACGCUCAAGCCGGUGUGCCUUUUGAUUUCAGUGAACAAUUUGAUAGUGCAAGCAACUCCUGCGCAGCUCUCCUGUGCUCCUGUACAGUGUGUCCCGACACAGGAUAAUGGUCCUUAUAAAGAGCUCGAGAGGAUUACAACUCGCCUUCCGAAUUUAUAAGCGAAGUCAUCAUCACUCAGUUGGAAUUAUUGGAGCGCCUUUUUCAAAAGGACAGCCGAGGGAUGGUGUGGAGAAAGGACCAGACCUCAUUCGCUCCGCCGGAUUGGUGGCAAAGCUCAGAGCGCAAGGCUGUGCAGUCAAAGACUAUGGCAACGUGACGUUUGAGGAGGUGGCCAACGAUGAGCCCAUAGGCAAUGUGAAGAGACCCAGAGCGGUGGGCAGCGCCAACCAACGUCUGUCUGCUGCCGUCCACGCCGUGAAGAAUGACGGAUACACCUGUGUGAUGCUGGGAGGAGACCACAGUUUGGCGAUAGGCUCGAUCCAGGGGCAUGCAGCAGCCAAGAAGGACCUCAGUGUGGUAUGGGUGGACGCCCAUGCAGACAUCAACACACCCCUGACCUCCCCUACAGGCAAUAUCCACGGACAGCCCAUGUCCUACCUCAUCCACGAGCUGCACUCCAAGAUUCCAGUUCUGCCCAACUUCUCCUGGAUAAAGCCAUGUGUAUCAGCCAAAGACAUAGUCUACAUUGGCUUGAGAGACGUGGAUCCAGAAGAGCACCAUAUCCUGACGUUGCUGGGUAUCAAAGGUUACUCCAUGACAGAGGUGGAUCGCCUUGGAAUAUCCAAAGUGAUGGAGGAAACAUGUGACUACAUCUUCUCAAAGGUGAAGAAGCCCAUCCACCUGAGCUAUGACAUCGAUGCCCUGGACCCAUCCAUCUCCCCGGCCACAGGAACACCAGUAGUGGGAGGGCUGACCUACAGAGAGGGAGUCUACAUCACAGAGCACAUCUGUCAGACAGGGAUGCUGUCUGCAGUGGACAUGGUGGAGGUGAACCCAAAGAGAGGCAAGACAGAGGAUGAGAUCAGCUCCACGGUCAACGCUGCAGUAGAUCUGAUACGUGGCUGCUUCGGAAAGCUCCGGGAGGGAAACCACCCUGCAGACUACAAGAUGCCCCUGCCUUGAGCUGCCAACUACCACAGAGCCUUCGAUUACAGUGAAGGGCUGUGGCCAGCACCACCUUUCUGCUCUUCAAAGUCAUCUUGACUCUUUUUCUGUAAUCCAGUUAACAAAUUGCCCUUUGUAUCAAAUCAUGGAGAGAUUAAAAUAGAUACCAUAUUAUUUUUUUCA